AUGGAGGGAGCUCUGUGGAAGGAGCUUCUGGGUUUUCAAUUUCCCAUGGGAAAGUUCAAAUCUUUGUGGUUAUUUGUGGCUUUCUUGACUUUGAGCCCCGGCUUUGGUUCAGCUGGAGACAUAGUUCAUCCGGACGCUAAGGCUCCCAGUAAGCCUGGCUGCGACAACAGCUUUGUACUGGUGAAAAUCCCCACUUGGGUUGAUGGGGUUGAAGACACAGAGUACGUUGGUGUUGGUGCUCGCUUUGGCCCAACAUUAGAAUCAAAAGAAAAACAUGCAAAUAAAUCUAGGCUUGCUUUGGCUGACCCUCCUGACUGUUGCAGCACACCCAAGAAUCAGCUCACAGGGGAGAUCAUUAUGGUGCACCGUGGAAACUGCAGCUUCACAACUAAGUCUAAUAUAGCUGAGGCUGCUGGGGCUUCUGCUAUUCUAAUUAUAAACAAUCGAACGGAGCUUUUCAAGAUGGUUUGUGAAGAGAAUGAAACUGAUUUAGAUAUAGGAAUCCCAGCUGUCAUGCUUCCACAGGAUGCGGGAACAACCUUGGAAAAUUAUAUGAGCAGCAACGCCACAGUUCUUCUGCAGCUUUAUUCCCCUAAACGUCCAUUAGUUGAUGUUGCGGAAGUGUUUUUGUGGCUUAUGGCUGUCGGCACCAUUUUAUGUGCUUCUUACUGGUCUGCCUGGACUGCAAGGGAGGCAGCAAUAGAGCAAGACAAGCUCUUAAAGGAUGGUCUAGACGUACAUCAGGAAGAUGUUUGCGCUAGCAAAAUAGUUAACAUCAAUGUCACCUCUGCGGUUCUCUUUGUUGUGGCUGCUUCAUGCUUCUUGAUUAUGCUCUACAAGCUUAUGUCAUUCUGGUUUAUUGAAGUUUUAGUAGUUCUCUUCUGCAUCGGUGGCGUUGAGGGUUUGCAGACCUGCCUGGUUGCUCUGUUAUCAUGUUUCAGAUGGUUUCAACAUGCUGCUGACUCAUCUGUUAACGUCCCCUUCUUUGGAGCUGUCUCGUAUCUGACAUUAAUUGUCGCUCCCUUCUGCAUAGCAUUCACUGUUGUUUGGGCAGUUUAUCGCCGAAUUUCAUUUGCUUGGAUAGGUCAAGAUAUCCUUGGUAUUGCACUGAUCAUUACAGUUCAUCAGAUUGUCCAUGUACCAAAUCUGAAGGUUGGUACAGUUCUUCUCAGUUGUGCCUUCCUAUACGACAUCUUCUGGGUAUUUGUUUCCAAAUACUGGUUCGACGAGAGUGUCAUGAUAGUGGUAGCUCGUGGUGAUGGGAGUGGGGAGGAUGGCAUACCAAUGUUACUGAAAAUUCCUAGGAUGUUUGAUCCCUGGGGUGGAUAUAGCAUCAUUGGCUUCGGUGACAUCAUCUUACCCGGACUGGUCGUUGCUUUUUCCUUGAGAUACGACUGGCUGGCGAAGAAGACUCUUAAAGCCGGAUACUUUGUAUGGGCAAUGACUGCAUAUGGCUUAGGUCUUUUCGUCACGUACGUAGCUCUGAACAUGAUGGAUGGGCAUGGCCAGCCAGCACUUCUUUACAUUGUUCCUUUCACGCUAGGAACGUUUCUGGCACUUGGGAAGAAGAGAGGAGAUUUGAAGAUAUUAUGGACAAGAGGGGAACCAGAGAGGCCUUGUCCACACCUCCAACUUCAAUCCUCUCAACUACUACACCAACAAUAA